UCAUAUCUCUCCUGGAUGUCAGACACAAACUCAAACAUGGCCGACGUGCAGGAUGAUGACCAAUGGCUGUACGGCGAUGAAAAGGAUGAUCCGAAGGAAGAUGGAGAGAUAAAUGAGAAAGCAGGUGAAGAGACAGAGAGAGCAGGAAAGGAAAAUGAUCAAGACAAAGAAGCAGCUAUGGAGGAGGGUGAAGGAGAAGGUGAAGCUGACAAGGAAACAGAAGAUAAAGGAGAUAAAGACAAAGAAGGCGAGAAAGAGGAUAGUGGGAAGGGUAAUGAUGAUGAUAGCAGUGAUGAUGAUGACUUGACAAUUACUAUUGGUGUUAUCAAGACACAGCCAGACAUCAUACAAGCCCCUACUGCUGCUCACUCUACUAGGUUCCAACCUAAGGCUGCUCCCACCACAGGUUUAAAGGAUGACGAUUUUAAUUCUCCAGGAAAAAUCAAUGGAGUUUCUAUAACUGAAUUCAACUUAGCAGAUUUGGAGGAUAAACCCUGGAGAAAACCUGGAGCUGACAUUUCAGAUUAUUUUAAUUAUGGAUUUAAUGAGGAGACAUGGUUCAAGUACUGUGAGCGCCAGAAGAGGAUGAGGAUAUCAGAGUCGGGGGCUGGUCUGGCUGGUCUAGGUAUCAGUGUUACCAAGCCGUUUGGUAAUGCUCCUAACAGCAUCCCAGUAACAAUAAUCAAUGAUAACAGUAAAUAUGGAGGUGCUGGGUCACAGAGACCUAAGGCUGGUCCUCCGCCACGUAACAAAGGCAUGGGACAGAUAGAUGUUAUAGGUGGAACAUCCAAUCCAAAGACCAGCACAAUCCAGGUUAUGACAGCUGACAGGCGAGAAUAUUCUAACAAGGUGAUGAUGAACGGUCCUCCACCUCCGCUGCCUCCUGCCCAGCCAGGAUACAAUGAUAUGGAGUUUGGUGGUAACCCAUAUGGAGAUGCAUAUUAUCCAAGUGACCCUGCCUUCUAUGGGGGAGCUUCAUUUGAAAACCCUCCUCCAUGGGGACCAGGACAAAACCCAAUGGGAGGUCAGAAUAAUUGGGAAGGACCAGGAGGAGGUCCCCCAAAUGUAACACCAGUGUCAAGUGGAACUGGUUACUUUGAAGAAGACUCGGUUAGUGCUCCUCCAGCACCAACAGAGCCUGAAGAAGAAAGACACAGAUCUCGAAGAAGUCACAGAUCUCGAAGUCGGUCUCCAACUCGUCAUAGACACUCCAGUAGACAUCCAAGAUCACGGUCCCGGUCCCCGUCUCACAGACACAAGCGUAAGAAGUCUAAGAGAGAACGUGAUGCAGAUUAAGAUAUUCGUUUUUCCAGUACAAAAUCCCAUUUGUGAAAUUUUUUUGUUUUUUAAGAACAACUUUCUCUUCAUAUUAAUUGUUUAUUUGUAAGAUCCAGUUGAUGGAUAAACCAAAUAAAAAAUACAGUACAUAAGUAAAAUUACAAAUUAAAAUGUCUCUUAAC